AUUCCGGUCUCUAGGAGACGACAAGCCGGAAACGGAAAUGCCUUCAAGACAACUUCCGGAAGCAGCUGCCAUGGCUGCCAGGGAGGAGGUUCUUGCCUUGCAGGCUGAAGUUGCCCGGCGUGAGGAGGAGCUGAGUUCCCUGAAGCAGAGACUGGCGGCGGCUCUUUCGGCGGAGGACGAGCCAGCGCCGCGGGUUCCGGUGUCGCCCCUGCCGCCGAAGGCCGCCCUGUCCCGAGAUGAGAUCCUGCGCUACAGCCGGCAGCUCGUGCUGCCUGAGCUCGGGGUGCACGGCCAGCUGCGGCUGGCGACCGCGUCCGUGCUCGUCGUGGGCUGCGGUGGGCUCGGCUGCCCACUGGCGCAGUACCUUGCAGCGGCCGGCGUGGGCCGCCUUGGUCUUGUGGACUACGACGUCGUCGAAAUGAGCAACCUGGCCCGUCAGGUGCUGCAUGGCGAGGCCCUGGCCGGCCAGGCCAAGGUCUUCUCGGCUGCCGCCUCGCUGCGCCGGCUCAACUCAGCCGUGGAGUGCGUGCCUUAUGCUCAGGCUCUCACUCCGGCCACGGCCCUAGACCUCGUGCGCCGUUACGACGUGGUGGCCGACUGCUCCGACAACGUGCCCACUCGCUACCUGGUUAGCGACGCGUGUGUGCUGGCUGGCCGGCCUCUCGUAUCCGCCAGCGCCCUGCGCUUUGAGGGCCAAAUCACCGUCUACCACUACGACGGCGGGCCUUGCUAUCGCUGCCUAUUCCCCCAGCCACCUCCCGCGGAGACGGUGACCAGCUGCGCGGAUAGCGGGGUGCUCGGUGUUGUAACGGGGAUCCUGGGCUGCCUGCAGGCGCUGGAAGUGUUGAAGAUCGCCGCAGGUAUGGGCCCCUCUUACAGUGGCAGCCUGUUGCUCUUCGACGCUCUCGGAGGACAUUUCCGCUGCAUUCGGCUGCGGAGCCGCAGGCCGAAUUGUGCAGCUUGCGGAGAGCGGCCCACGGUGACCGACCUGCAGGACUAUGAAGCCUUCUGUGGCUCCUCGGCCACGGAUAAAUGCCGCUCCCUUCGGUUGCUGAGCCCAGAGGAGCGCGUUUCGGUCAGCGACUAUAAGCGCCUUCUGGAUUCUGGGUCACCCCACCUGUUGUUGGACGUCAGGCCUCAAGUGGAGGUGGACAUCUGUCGUUUGCCUCAUGCUCUGCACAUCCCUUUGAAGCAUUUGGAACGGAGGGAUGGGAAGAGCCUGAAACUCUUGGGAGAAGCAAUCCAGGAAGGGAAGCGAGGAGCGCAGGAAGGAGCAGCUCUCCCCAUCUAUGUGAUUUGCAAACUGGGCAAUGACUCCCAGAAAGCCGUGAAGAUCCUGAAGUCCUUGACAGCAAUCCCAGAGUUAGGCUCGCUAGCAGUUCAGGAUGUGGUGGGGGGGCUCAUGGCCUGGGCUGCCAAGAUCGAUGAAACAUUUCCGCAGUACUGAGGUGGCUGAUAUAUAGUCUGACCUGAGAAAAAUGUGCGUUGCUAUGUUAACCUUAAAGAUACAUUUAUUUCCAUUUUUCUCAGUAAUGUACUGGAUUCUGCAUCUGUGAAUACAUAGAUUUCUUUUUAUAAGGGGAUUUUUAAUGGUAAUUUAUUGAAUGAUACGGUUGUUGAGGGUCUAUAAAACUGUUUCUGAGAA